AUGCGCUCUCCAGCGUUCCCUCCACGCCGGCCGUCGGCCCUCCUGCGGUACAUUGUCGCCGGCGUCGUCAUCACCCUCUGCCUGUACUGGAUGAGCGGCCCCUCGGCACCCUUCCCCUCGCCCUCGACCUCCUCCACAGCAUUCGCCCCGAACACUGGUGCGGAGGCCAACUAUGCGCCCGCCGACAAACCUGAGGACCUACCUCAAAAGGCCCAGGAGGAACCAGCACCGAUAUAUCACGAUCAGGAGCCGGAGGAGAAGAAGAAGCAGGAGCCUCUUGCCGAGGACAACUCCCUCGCAGAUGAUGUACGGGAAGGAAAUGCGGCUCCGGUUCUGGCGCCAACCACGACGACAGUAGCAGCAGUCGCCGCCGAGACGAACACACAGGCCAAAGCCCCAGCAGCCACGACGACUGGCCACCCGAUCGAGCACCUCAUCUCGAGCGCCGAAAAGCAAUUCGCCGAUGUCCUCUCCCAGGAGUCCCGGUCCCUCGCCGACGCUGCUGCCGCCUACCGCAAGCAGCGCGGCCGACAUCCCCCGCCGGGCUUCGACAAGUGGUACAAGUUCGCGGUGGAGCGCAAUGCUGUCAUGGUCGAGUCGUUCUGGGACCAGAUCUACCACGACCUGCAGCCUUUCUGGGCCCAGCCGCCACCGUUGAUCCGCAAGGAGGCUUGGGACUAUGAGAUGACCAUCCAUAUCCGGGACGGCAAUGCGACCAGUAGCAGCAACUGGUUCUGGACGAAGAUCUGGCGGGAGAUGAUCGAGACGAUCCAGCACCUCUUGCCCGACAUGGAUCUCGCCCUGAACGCCAUGGACGAGCCGCGGCUCGUCGUGCCCUGGGAGGACAUGGACGCGUACAUGACCAAGGCUGCAACGACUUUCGGCCUGGCUGAUCCCAAGGAUGUUGUUGACCAGUUCCAGAAGCUGGCUCCGCCUGGAGAAGGCGCAGACAAGUCAGAGGUGUCAGCCAACAAGGAUUGGGAGAACACAAAACCGUAUUGGGAAAUUGCGCGCCGCGGCUGCGCGCCCGACAGCCCGGCUCGCAAAGCAGACGUGAUGCGUGACUUCGAUCACGCCCCCGUCAUCUCCUCGUCCCUCGCCGCGCCGCACCAGUAUCAAGGCUUCGUAUCCAACUUCACCCUCUCCACCGAGUUCUGCCACCAGCCCGAUCUGCAAGGUCUUAACGGGAUCUUCGUCGAGCCGCUCUCGGUGUCCGCGACCAAGGUUCUGUUCCCAAUGUUCGGAGGAUCGAAGCUCGCCGUGAACAACGAAAUCCUGCUGCCGGCGCCGAUGUACUGGAAUGAGGAGGAACGCUUCACCGGCGGAAACGACCAUGGCGGGCCCUGGGGGGAGAAGAAGAACGAGGCGAUAUGGAGAGGAGUUGCUACAGGUGGCCAUAAUCGUGCGACCAACUGGAAGGCUUUCCAGCGACACCGCUUCGUAGCAAUGAACAACGGCACCUCGCUGACGGCAGCGGAGAACUGGUCGGAGCUGCCGCCCAACUUCGUCCUGCCGCCCGCAUCGUACCACCUCCAGGCGCAGACGGACGGCAAGCUCGGGAAAUGGGUCGACACCUGGGCGAACGUGUCGUUUGUCGAUCUCAUGUGCGAUCCUAAGCAGACGGAAAAUAAGUGCAACUACACGUCGCCACACUUUACCGUGACGAAGGGCAUCAAGAUGAAGGAGCAGUUUGGGUCAAAAUACCUGCCGGACAUUGACGGCAACUCCUUCUCGGGCCGCUACCUGGGCUUCCUCCGGAGCACGUCGUUGCCAAUCAAGGCGACGCUGUGGCACGAGUGGCACGACAGCCGGCUGGUUGCGUGGAAGCACUUUGUGCCGAUGGACAACCGGUACGAGGACUGGUACGGCAUCAUGGAGUACUUCCUGGGGUAUGGCGACAAGGUGCCGGGCCACGAUGCUGCCGCCGAGAAGAUUGCCAGCGAUGGUAAGGCCUGGGCUGAGCGAGUUUUGAGGAAAGACGACAUGCAGAUCUACGUGCUCCGCCUAUUGCUGGAGUAUGCGAGAGUCACGGACGAGAGGAGGGAGAAGAUGGGCUGGGUGGGCGACUUAUUGAGCGACGGCAGCAAUGCCGCCAGGUGA